UUGCGCCCCCACAUACCUUUCCUGUGGCCACCUAACUCUCUGCCUGACUUUCCACUUGACAAUUCGUACAAUGGCAGAACACAUGGAUAGCAAGACCGCUGCGAGGAUCGAGGACUUCCGCAAGAAGAUCACGGAAACCGGCGAGCACAUCGUCUUUCAUGUCUUCCCGGAGAAGAUCUUGGAGCUCAAUGAUGCCGUACUGGCUGCCUCGUCCGUGAACUCGCCCUUCCACCCAUCCCAGCCUACCGGUACCGAUGCCACUGUACGCCCGCCUUCCGGGGAGGACGGGGUGGCGAAGAAGCGGAAGCGUGAGGAAGACGGCGCUGUGCCCGUGCCGGCGGGAACGGUGUAUUAUCCUCAAUCAGUGGCCGCGAAUCAGCGCCUGCUGGGCCUCCACGAUGUUAUCAAGCGCGAGUGCGAGCAGCUUGGCACGCUGGUGGAACAAGUCAAGCUAUGGAUCACGUUGACGAUGCCCAAGAUAGAAGAUGGGGACAACUUUGGCGUCGAGAUCCAGACAGAGGUGCUCAACGAGCUCGACCGCGUGCACCAGAGCGCGUACAACCUCCGCGACCUCGCUCGCCAGCACCAUCUCGAACGGGCGAAGAUCUGCUCCAAGCUCAUCAAGUACCCGAAUAUCGAGGACUACACGAUGGCCCUCCGCGAGCACGACGAGAAGCAUGUGCGCGUAGCGAGGGAGAACCUGACUGACGUUCGCGAUCUUUAUGCGGUCAUGACCGAUCUUAUCCAUAAGAACAUCACCAAGAUUCGCGCGCCGAAGGCGAAUAACAACUCUGGAUUCUACUAGAGGACUUACUAGGACGGCCAUGUAUCGGAUAGCUAUCAAGGUCAUCUAGAGCUCAACGACUGCGGCAUUCUUCUUAUAGAGUACACAGCUGUGCAUCUUCAAGUACCCUUUCUGAUUUGCUGGGAAUGCAGAGCGAUGUACAUCA